AUGUUACAACUUGGUAAGCUUAUUAUAACAUUUUUUGAACCAAAAUAAAAUUACAAUAUAAAAAUAUUUACUAAACUAAAUGAAAAAUAAAUUUCGAAUUGAUAGCCUCCAGCCUAGUUUAGUUUCAUCUAAAUUCGUCACUGCCCAACCCUUUUUUAUCAUUUGAUUUUCACGCCAUAAAACCGAACAAUAUAUCUAAAUUUAUGUUGGGCCAUUGUCUACGUGCAGUGUAAAACAAAGACCUUAAAGGGCAAUGCAAAGCGUUUUGUUUUUAAAUUGUUAUACACGGCACGUUACGCACGUUGUAAACUUUAAACAAUAAAAAGACUUUUAAAAUGAAUGAAAUGUAGAGUACUGUAAAUAUGGGUACGGUAGCAGGGCAGGGCAAAGCAGGGUAAAGCAAGGCAAGGCAAAGCAGUGCAGGGCAGGCCAGAGCAAGGCCUGGGCAAGGCCAGGGCAAGGCCAGGGCAAGGCCAGAGCAAGGCCAGGGCAAGGCCAGGGCAAGGCCAGGGCAAGGCCAGGGCAAGGCCAGGGCAAAGCCAGGGCAAGGCCAGGGCAAGGCCAGGGCAAGGCCAGGGCAAAGCCAGGGCAAGGCCAGGGCAAGGCCAGGGCAAGGCCAGGGCAAGGCCAGGGCAAGGCCAGGGCAAGGCCAGGGCAAGGCCAGGGCAAGGCCAGGGCAAGGCCAGGGCAAGGCCAGGGCAAGGCCAGGGCAAGGCCAGGGCAAGGCCAGGGCAAGGCCAGGGCAAGGCCAGGGCAAGGCCAGGGCAAGGCCAGGGCAAGGCCAGGGCAAAGCCAGGGCAAGGCCAGGGCAAGGCCAGGGCAAGGCCGGGGCAAAGCCAGGGCAAGGCCAGGGCAAAGCCAGGGCAAGGCCAGGGCAAAGCCAGGGCAAGGCCAGGGCAAAGCCAGGGCAAGGCCAGGGCAAAGCCAGGGCAAGGCCAGGGCAAAGCAAGGCAAGGCAAAGCAAUGUAUAGUACCGUAA